AUGGCGACAACGCCUUCAGCUUACCGCGCCUUCGCAGGAUCAUCAGCGUUCUCCGACUUUCGACUCAAACGGCUCGCCACUGCCAUCGGCGCAAAAGAUUUACAGUCGAUAUGGGUUCAUUAUGUUGCUUCCCACCAAGAACUUCCGGACACUCAGAUUUCGAUCCUUGAUCAAUUGCUGGAGUAUGGAUCGUAUCCCGAGUCUGGAGACGAACUAUAUGGAAUAUUGCUCAAGUCUGUUGCAGUCGGUGAGGACAAGACUACGAGUGAACAAGAUGAGGUAAAGCUCUUCUAUGUUGCUCCUCGACCAGGGACGAUCUCGCCAUGGAGCUCGAAGGCGACGAGUAUCGCGCAGGUCUGCGGUCUUGGCAAAGUAGUGCAGAGGAUCGAGAGGGGCAUCAUCUUCGCCGCUAGAUUGGAGGGAUCGAUCGAUGAGGCGAAGAUGAACGCCUUACAUGAUCGAAUGACGGAGAUUCUGGCAACGACUCCUCCAGAUUUGAAUGCUAUGUUUUCGCAACUCCCGCCUGCACCUCUUGAACGGGUUCGGCUGCUCCAAGGAUCGACGAGUCCCAAGAAUGCGUUGAAGGAGGCGAAUGAGACCCUGGGGUUGGCGCUGGAUGACUCGGAGAUGGACUACUUGAUCGAGGCAUACACGAACCAACUUCAACGCGAUCCGACCGACGUCGAGCUCUUCAUGUUUGCGCAGGUCAAUUCCGAGCACUGUAGGCACAAGCAAUUCAAUGCCGAUUGGACGAUCGACCGCGUCAAGCAGCCGAGGAGUCUGUUCUCUAUGAUUCGUAACACUCACAAUACACAUCCCGGACAUGUCAUCAGCGCAUAUAGCGAUAACGCUGCCGUGCUACAAGGUUAUGAGGGUGGCGUGUGGUCUCCUGACCAGUCAACAGGCGAAUGGAAGCACGUCAAGGAGACUGUGCACUACCUGGCCAAAGUGGAAACACACAACCAUCCCACAGCAGUUUCACCUUUUCCAGGCGCGGCGACUGGUUCAGGAGGCGAGAUCAGAGAUGAAGGUGCUGUGGGCAGAGGCUCGAAGCCGAAGUCCGGUCUAUCCGGGUACACUGUCUCCGAUCUUCUCAUCCUUGGGCACACGCAACCGUGGGAGCUGGAUGUCGGAAAGCCGGCACAUAUCGCAAGCAGUCUAGACAUCAUGCUUGAGGCUCCGAUCGGUAGCGCAGCAUUCAACAACGAAUUCGGCCGGCCUUGCACCACAGGCUACUUCCGCACACUCACGACGAAAGUGCAAACUCCAGAUGGCAAGGACGAGAUCAGAGGCUACCACAAGCCCAUCAUGAUUGCUGGUGGUGUCGGGACGGUCCGACCCCAGAACGCUCUCAAGACAAAAGGUCUAGUCAGUCCUGGUGCCCAUCUUGUAGUGCUAGGCGGACCAGCGAUGCUCAUUGGACUCGGCGGCGGUGCAGCUUCGAGCAUACAGUCUGGUGAAGGCAGCGUGGACCUCGACUUCGCCAGUGUGCAGCGAGGCAAUGCAGAAGUACAGCGACGAGCACAAGAAGUGAUCAAUACGUGCUGCUCGUUAGGUGCGCAAAACCCGAUACAGCUUAUUCACGACGUCGGUGCAGGCGGGCUAUCGAACGCUUUGCCCGAGCUGGUGGAGGAUGCGGGCUUCGGUGCACGCUUCGAGCUCAGAGAAAUCGAGAGCGCAGAUCGGAGUCUCAGCCCGUUACAGAUCUGGUGUAACGAAGCGCAAGAACGAUAUGUCAUGGCCAUCGCACCAGACAAGCUUGACGCCUUCGUACGCAUCGCUCGGAGAGAACGAUGCGGCUUUUCGGUCGUGGGCAAGGCUCAGAAGGAAAAGAGGUUGAUCCUCAUGGACAAAGAUUCGAAGGACGAGCCGACACCGAUUGACCUACCAAUGCCUAUCCUCUUCGGCAAGCCACCUAAGAUGCACAGGAUAGUGGACUCGAGACGACUCAAGCUGCCCACUUUUGACAGCACGCUGUCAGCAUACUUGCCCAAAGUUCCUGCCCAAGCAGUGCUCGGCAAUGCCAUUGACCGCGUACUCACACUACCAGCUGUGGGCUCAAAGUCCUUCCUCAUCACCAUCGCCGACCGAACAGUCGGCGGCCUGACGGUACGUGAUCAGAUGGUAGGACCGUGGCAGACUCCCGUGGCCGAUGUCUCCGUCACAGCGACUUCGCUCACGCCUGGCAUACGCACUGGCGAAGCAAUGGCGAUGGGGGAGAAACCGACACUUGCGCUUAUCUCUCCUGCCGCGUCUGCAAGAAUGGCGGUGGCAGAGUCGCUGAUGAAUGUGGCAGCUGCUAGUGUCGACAAAAGACUAAGCAGGAUACGGCUUUCGGCCAACUGGAUGGCAGCGAGUAGUCAUCCUGGUGAAGGUGCUGCAUUGUACGAGGCCGUUCAAGCGAUCGGCAUGGAGCUCUGCCCUGAGCUCGGGAUCAGUAUACCCGUAGGCAAAGACUCGAUGUCUAUGAAGACAAGAUGGCAGGACAAGGAGGUCACGGCGCCCUUGUCCCUCGUCAUCACGGCUUUUGCUCCUGUCAACGAUAUCGGCAGCACAUGGACGCCUGCACUCCGACGACCAGAAGAAGUUGGCGAGACCGUGCUCAUAUUCGUUGAUCUUGCCGAGGGCAGGAAAGCUCUGGGUGGCUCCGCGGUAGCACAAGUCUUCGGUCAAGUCGGCAACGAGGCACCGGACGUGCGAGAUGUCGAUUUGAUCAAGGACUUCUAUCAUGCUAUUGAGCAGCUCCAUGAGUCGAACAUCGUACUCGCUUACCACGAUCGCUCAGAUGGUGGUCUACUAACCACACUUGUGGAGAUGAUGUUCGCAGGUCGGUGCGGCCUAGAAAUCAUGCUCGACAAGAUCGUCAAGUCCGGACGAACACAGGAUCUGGUUGAGACACUAUUCAACGAGGAGCUCGGCGCAGUAUUCCAGAUCCGAAAGAAGGAUGAGAAUGAAUUCCGCGGCGUGUUCGCGCCUCUGCGACCCAUCUCAAUUGGGGUGGUGGCGAAGGCACCCAAGCAAGAUCUUGCCAUGUACUAUGGUGCCGACUGCGUGUAUCGAGCGUCAAGGAAGGAAUUGCAGCAGAAGUGGUCACAAACAUCCUGGGCGAUGCAGAGACUGAGAGAUAACCCCGACUGCGCCGAUGCCGAGAAGGAGAAUAUCAACGAUGAUAAGGAUCCCGGUCUGCAGUUCAAGCUCACUUACAAGCCACAGGAGAAUAUCCUCACUUACGCAUCGAGCUUCACCUCACAGAUACGAGCGAGGCCUCGAGUCGCUAUCUUGCGAGAGCAGGGCGUGAAUGGACAGGCGGAGAUGGCUCAUGCGUUUGCCUCUGCUGGCUUCUCGCCGAUCGACGUGCACAUGACGGACAUUCUCGCCGGCCGCUUCUCACUCGCUUCAGUUGUCGGUAUGGCAGCCUGCGGCGGCUUCAGUUACGGCGAUGUUUUGGGAGCAGGCCAGGGCUGGGCUAAGAGUGUCCUUCUCCAUGACGGUGCACGCAAAGAUUUCCAGGACUUCUUCCAGCGCAAGGAUACUUUCACCCUAGGUGUCUGCAACGGCUGCCAGUUCCUCUCGCGCUUGACGGAGAUCAUACCCGGCGCGGAGAACUGGCCGACAUUCGAACGCAAUACGAGUGAACAGUACGAAGGUCGUGUCUGCAUGGUUGAAGUCAACGAUCCGCCACAGCAUCCCCCCAGUGUAUUCUUACACGGCAUGCACGGCUCAUACCUACCCAUCGUGACCGCGCACGGCGAAGGACGAGCACAAUUCUCACAUACUGGGUCCUCGACACCACAAGCACUCAUCGACCAAGGCCUGGUCUCUAUGCGCUACACGGAUAACUACCUCAAGCAUACCGAGAAGUACCCUUAUAAUCCCAACGGCAGUUCUCUAGGCAUUACAGCCGUGCGAACACCAGAUGGUCGAGUGCUGGCGAUGAUGCCACAUCCCGAGCGCACCAUUCUCAAGGACGUGGGCAGCUACACUCCUAAAGAGCAAGCGAGGGAAUGGGAUCUCGGACCGUGGAUAAGAUUGUUCAAAAGCGCUAGACGAUGGUGUGGUUAG